UAUCGAUGCCAGGUAUCUGAAAAACGUAAACAUUUUGCAACACGUGCGCGGCGUUUUACAAACUUGUGAUACAAAAUGGAAUUAUUUACAGUGAAUCGUUACACGGAGGAUCACAAAAAAUCCAAAGGCAGUGGCGAGACUGCAAACGAAGAUGCCAUUCUGCAAAAGUUGCUCCAGAAAGCUGAAAAGCGCAAAAGAAAACACAAAAGCAGCGAGCCAGAGGCACCACAGGAAACUGUUGAAGAUAUUAAAGAACCAGAAGCAAAGGAAGACGCUACACAAGAUGAAGUCGAAACAGAACCUACAGAGGAAACAGCACCCACGGAAGAAGUGGAUUCCAAUGAUUUCCAAGUCAUUGGCUCCACAGCCAAGAAGCAAAAAGUCGAAAUGGUUCUUCCCGCUUGGCUGGCACAUCCCACCAUCAUUGAAGGCGGCAACCUGAUACCAGAUGGCGAUGCUGAAGCAGCUGGUGAUGAUGAAGCGUCUAUCAAACAGCUGUCAUAUUUAGAGAAGUCCACAUUGAGAGCGCUAAAGCAAAUGAAAAUCAAGCGACUGUUUCCUGUGCAACGCGCGGUCAUUCCAUGGGUGCUGGAGGCGCAAUCCAAACCAGAACCAUUCCGGCCACGCGACAUUUGCGUCUCGGCACCCACGGGUAGCGGAAAGACCUUGGCCUUUGCCAUUCCCAUUGUCCAGAUGCUGGCGAAUCGUGUAGAGUGCAAAGUGCGUGCUUUGGUUGUGCUGCCUGUGGCUGAGUUGGCACUGCAGGUGUUUAAAGUGUUCAGUGUGCUGUGCAGCCACACGGAACUGCAAGUGUGUUUGCUUUCCAAGCAGCAUCGUCUGGAGGAUGAGCAGAAAAAGAUGGUGGAGCAGUACAAAGAUUCCUACUACUCCAAAGUGGAUAUUGUCGUGACCACACCAGGUCGUUUGGUCGAUCAUCUGCAUGCUACGAAGGGAUUCUGCUUGAAAUCACUGCAGUUUCUGGUCAUCGAUGAGGCAGAUCGCAUUAUGGACGCAGUCUUUCAAAACUGGUUGUAUCACUUGGACUCACAUGUGCGCAGCACAGCGGAUCAACUGCUGGCGGGUGUGCAGGCUCCACUGUGCUACCAGGAGUUACUCGAUAGCUAUGGCAAGCAACCGCAUAAGCUGCUCUUUUCGGCCACACUCUCGCAGGAUCCCGAGAAGCUGCAGAAUUUGCGUCUGUUCCAACCCAAGCUCUUUACCACAGUCUUGACGUUGCCCAAACUACAGCCCAAGCUGGAGAAUGGCGAGCAGACCGAACAAGAUGUGCAACAGAGCGCCAAUCAGUUUAUUGGCAAAUACACAACGCCAGCGGAGUUAACGGAGCUGCAUUGUCUCACAGAGAUGCGCUAUAAACCACUUACGCUGUAUGCACUGGUUCAACAGUAUGGCUGGAAGAGAUUCUUGUGUUUCACCAACAGUGCAGACACCGCGGAUCGUCUGGGCUUUGUGCUGAGCAGUCUUUUCAAAGACACUUCGAUUCAUGUCGCCGAGUUGUCGUCCAAGAUGUCUGCGCACAACCGCAAGGUUAGACUUUCACAAUUUAUGCGUGGUGGGAUCAAUGGUUUGAUCUGUUCAGAUGCCUUGGCGCGUGGUAUUGAUGUGCCCAACGUGGAUAUUGUGGUGUCCUACGAUGCGCCGCGUCACAUCAAGACCUACAUCCACCGCGUGGGUCGCACAGCUCGUGCUGGACAAAAGGGAACAGCGGUCACGCUGCUCACCGACCAGGAUCAGCAGCAAUUCAAGAAAAUGCUCAACGAGGUGGGCAAAUCGUUGGGUGACGAAAUUACCACUUCACCAGAUCUUGAACUGCAACAUGCCGGCAUCUACAAGACAGCGCUGGAAGGCUUGCGUCGACGCCAGGAGAACCAAAAGAAGGAUCAGCGCGUGGAGAAGAUUCGCAAGUCCCGCAAAGCCAAUCUGCAUAAGCAGGCAGGUGGUGCUGAUGGUUUGACACUCAUGGAGAAGCUGCAAUUAAAGGCGAUUGAUGAUCUAGCAGACGAGAAGCCGAAAGAGGAGCCAAAGCAGCCUAAGCCCGAAGGCCAAAAAGGUCCAAAAGCGCAAAAUACGCAACUGAUGAGAUUGGAUCACCAGUUGAAAUGUUGAAUAUAGCUAUGAAAUAUAUUUUUAUUGAUUAUAUUU